AGAGAUAGUUGCUUUCUAGUGUCGGUGUUUGCCUUCGUAGUAAGUUUUUGAGAUGAACUUGUCUUCCUUCGGGCAUCCCGUGCUUGUGCCAUUCGAAGCUGUUCGAAAAUAACUCAACUAUGUCAAGAUGAUGAAACUGAGUGAGACACCUGAAACAGACGAGACUCCUUUAACAGUCAUGGGAGAAGACUGUCGAGUAGAAUUGGACGAGCGCGACCUUCUCAUCGGUCAAACGAGGAAGCGUCGCAAUUUUCUCCACCGUUGCUUGUGUAUGCUCUGUCUCAAUUGCUGUGCCGAAGAUGAGCCUCAGUCGAGAGCGAUAUAUAUUGGGAGUCGCCCCGCGGAGCACUAUCCACCAAACGUCAUCAGAAACCAGAAGUACAGUGUCCUCUUCUUCGUUCCAUGUGUGCUGAUAAACCAAUUCAAGUUCUUCUUGAACUUGUACUUCUUAAUACUCGCCGUGACGCAGUUCUUCCCCGCCGUGCGAGUUGGGUAUUUGUAUACCUACUGGGGUCCAUUGGGCUUUGUCCUUCUUGUGACGAUGUGCCGAGAGGCUGUGGACGAUUUUCGGCGAUAUCAGAGAGACAAAGAGAUAAAUGGUCAAGUUUACACAAAACUCGUUCCAAGCGGCCAUGCUUCGAUAACCAGCGCAGAGAUUAAAGUGGGAGACUUGCUUUACGUUCAGAAGAAUCAGAGAAUCCCGGCGGAUUUGAUCCUGUUGAGAACCAGCGAGAAGAGCGGAACAUGUUUCAUCAGAACUGAUCAGUUGGACGGGGAAACCGAUUGGAAACUUCGACUCCCAAUUUCUGCCCUCCAGAAGCUCGGUUUCGACGAGGAAACCCUUGAUGUAGACGCUGUUGUCAGUGCCGAACCGCCAAAGCAGGAUAUUCACUCUUUUCUUGGAAAUUUUCAGAUCAGAAAUCAAGAUGGUUCUUCAGAAGAAGAGUCACUUGGGCUUGAGAACACACUAUGGGCAAAUACUGUUUUGGCCAAUGGCACAGCACUGGGGUUGGUUGUGUACACUGGAAGAGAGACCCGUUCGGUGAUGAACAAUUCCUCACCCAGAAGCAAAGUCGGGCUUGUGGAUUUGGAGAUCAACUUCUUGACAAAGAUACUUUUUGGAACCAUGAUCGCCAUGUCUCUGGUUAUGGUUUUGCUGAAGGGAAACCGAGCUUAUUGGUAUCAAUAUCUCGUGCGCUUUGUGCUGCUCUUCUCAUACAUCAUCCCGCUAAGUUUGCGUGUGAAUCUGGACAUGGCCAAAAUCUUCUACUCGUGGUCAAUCAUGAAGGAUAAAGAAAUGCCGGAAAAUGUUGUGCGUUCCACGACCAUUCCAGAAGAGCUCGGCAGGAUCGGCUACGUGUUGACUGACAAAACCGGGACUUUGACCAAGAACGAAAUGGUGAUGAAGAAGUUCCACGUCACUUCCGAGGGUUAUUCUUCGGAAAGUUUCUGUGAACUAAGAGACCUUGUCAAGAAGUCUUCUGAAAGCAAAGAAGACCGAGAUGCCCUGCAGUUUCAUGACAGCAAUUCGAGGUUUGAAAGAGCCAAGGCUCGGAAGGCGGCACUCGUUGGUGAGGCGGUGAAAGCUGUGGCUUUGUGCCACAAUGUCACUCCGAUCGAAGACGAUGGAGAGUCGAGAACAUAUCAGGCUGCGAGUCCGGACGAAAUAGCAUUAGUUCAGUGGACGGAAGCAAUGGGCAUGAGUUUGACUGCUCGAGAUUUGACAAGAAUGACGAUAGUGGAUUCCUGGGGGAACGAACAUCACUAUGAAAUUCUCAUGGUAUUCCCCUUCACUUCCGAAACGAAAAGAAUGGGAAUUAUUUUGAGGGACGAGGAAUCGGACAAGAUCGUUUUCUAUUUGAAAGGGGCGGAUAUCGUGAUGGUGGAAAUCAUCCACUAUUGCGAUUGGCUGGAAGAAGUUGUGGAUAUGAUGGCGAACGAGGGCCUGAGAACUUUGGUGGUGGCCUCCAAAACAUUGACGAAGAAGCAGUACCAGGACUUCGAGGCGAAGUAUAAAACUGCAAACAUGGCGUUGGCCCAGCGAGGAGCACGUGUGGCCUCGGUUGUUGAAACCCUGGAGAGAGACAUGGAAUUGCUUUGCGUGACCGGUGUUGAGGAUUCGUUGCAGGAUAAUAUCUGGAUGUUGACCGGCGACAAACUCGAAACAGCGGCGAGCAUCGCCAAGAGCUCGCAUCUGGUCGGCAGGGACCAAACGACGUAUCUCUUCCGCGACGUGUCCGACAGAAACGAGGCGCAUUUGGAGUUGAAUGCGUUUCGUCGGAAGGACAAGGCUGCUCUCGUGAUCACGGGCAAGGCCUUUGAGACGUGUCGUCAAUUUUACGAAGAGGACUUGAUGGAGCUGGCGUGUCGAGCGCCGGCCGUCGUCGUGUGUCGUUGUGCGCCGACGCAGAAGGCUGAUGUUGUGGGCCUGGUGAAGAAGUUUUCCAACAAGCGGACGGUGGCCGUUGGUGACGGCGGGAAUGACGUGCCGAUGAUCCAGGCUGCUGAUGCUGGGGUCGGAAUCGUGGGCAAGGAAGGGAAGCAGGCAUCUUUGGCUGCCGACUUUUCUCUGACGCAAUUUGAUCAUCUUGGCCGACUGUUGCUGGUUCACGGGAGAUACUCGUAUUUGCGCACAGCCGCCUUGUCUCAAUUCAUCAUUCACCGAGGCUUGAUCAUCUCCGUGAGUCAAGCUGUGUUCUCUGCCCUAUUUUACUACUCGUCGAUUGCGUUGUACCACGGGAUUCUGCUGAUUGGGUACUCGACCGUGUACACGAACUUCCCAGUAUUUUCGCUUGUAUUGGAUAAGGAUGUAACUGCGAAGGUGGCGAUGACGUAUCCUGAGCUGUACAAGAUACUCUCGAAAGGGCGUUCCUUGUCUUUGAAAACGUUCCUGAUCUGGGCCAUUGUUUCGUUGUAUCAAGGUUCGGUCAUCUUGUACGGGACACUCAUACUAUUUGAGAAUGAUUUCAUACACGUCGUGCUGCUGAGUUUCAGCGCACUCGUUUUGACUGAGCUGCUGAUGGUUGUUUUGACUGUCAAGCGCUGGCAUUACCUCAUGGCGGUAGCCGAGCUUCUUUCGCUUGGAAUCUACGUCGCUUCAAUAUUCAUAUUUCCCAAAGUUUUUGAUUUCCAGUUCAUGGGUUCACUGGCGUUUUACUGGAAAGUUGCGACAAUCACGUCAGUGGCCUGCGUUCCUCUCUUCAUUGCCAAGUACUUGCGGAAGAAAUUCGCGCCUCCGGCAGUGACCAAACUGUCUGGGAGGAAAACAGUGUGGGAAAACAUGAACGCGAGCAGCAAGAUUAAGAAAGCAGUCGGGGAGAAGGUGGAGGAAGUAGAAACUAGCAUUGCUCAGGCUCUGCUGGAUCUCGAAUCCACCAGCGACCUGAAAACGCAACUCCGAGAGCUUCAGAUCACAACUGUGAAGGAGAUUGACGUCCCCAACCGCAAGGCGUUGGUAGUUUUCGUGCCGUUUCCUCAGCUGAAGGCCUACCAGAAGAUCCAAACCCGUCUGGUGCGAGAGCUGGAGAAGAAAUUUAGCGGAAAGCACGUUGUUUUCGUAGCCCAGCGCAAAAUCCUGCCGAAGCCGACGAGGAAGAUGGCUAAUAAGAGCAAGCAAAAGCGUCCCAGAAGUCGGACGUUGACUGCUGUGCACGAAGCGAUCCUGGAGGAUCUGGUUUACCCGGCGGAAAUUGUGGGCAAGAGGAUCCGCAUCAAGUUGGACGGCUCGCGGAUUAUCAAGGUGCACCUCGACCGCAACCAGCAGACUAACGUCGAACAUAAGGUGGAAACGUUCCGGGCAAUCUACAAGCGCCUCACUGGGAAGGAAGUCGACUUUGAAUUCCCCGAGCCUAUUUUCUGAUGAGGCACGCGUCCGUUGUGCGCUGUUCGACAAUUAGAUGCGUUUGAGAACCCGCGAAAAAAA